AGAGGAACUCACCUGACAACAAGACAGCCCUCCUGCUUCUCAUUCUUCCACAAGCAACAGCUCAGAGAGCAGCGUCGAUCCACAGGGACUCUGCCGCCGACAAAAGCCUCUUCACCAUGGGGAGGGUCGGCAAGGAGACGACGGGUCAGAUCCUCAGCUUCGUGGGCUUCGUCCUGGCGGCUGUGUGCUCUGGGAUCCCUAUGUGGAGAGUCACCUCCUACAUUGGGGCCAACAUUGUGACGGGACAGAUCGUGUGGGACGGUCUGUGGAUGAACUGUGUGAUGCAGAGCACCGGGCAGAUGCAGUGUAAGCUGAAUGAGUCAUUGAUGAGCCUGACGCCGGAUCUGCAGACCGCCCGAGCCCUGGUCAUCGCCUGCCUCAUCUUCGCCUUCAUCGGCUUCGUUAUCUCGUUUGUCGGAGCCAAGUGCACCAGCUGUUUAGAAAGAGACGCUUCCAAAGCCAACACGGUGAUCAUUUGUGGCUGCCUCAUCAUUCUGGCUGCGGUUCUGAUCCUGAUUCCAGUGUGCUGGUCUGCGGCCGUCACCAUCUCUGACUUUCAGAACCCUUUGACUGUUGCUACUCAGAAGCGGGAGCUGGGAGCUGCCAUCUACAUCGGCUGGUGCUCUGCUGUAUGUCUGCUGGUCGGAGGGAUAGUCUUGACCACUUCCUGUCCUCCUCAAAGUACCUUCUACCAGAAGAACCCAGGAACACAAAUGUACCCGUAUGCUCCGUACAUGAACCGCUCCGUCUACACGCCAGUGUAUGCCCCUGCGUCCAGCCAGCCGUACACCGCAUCAGGGACGUACGUACCAGUCAAGCCCAACCCUGCUCCAACCGCAUACUCUCCUCGACAGUACAUCUAGAAGGAAGGACUCGCUCAAAAACUGUAUUCCAGCCACGAUGGUUUGGGAACCGAAGUGUAUCAUCCCACAACUUAUUUUCUGAUUCUAAUAACUGGUAUUGACAUUAUGUCACUGUGAUUGCAGUCUGUAGAAACCUGUCCCUGUUCUUGUUAUUUAGUUCUAAACUCUUGAAAAUUUUAAAAAAUGUUGCAUCUUAGAAAAUGUGCAAACAGGAAAAAUGUGUGUAAUGACCGGCUUUCAUAUUUUCAUGUCCAUUUCCUUGAACACAGACCAUGUUGUGUAAGAAGUGCUGCUUUUCUACUGUAUCUACAAAGGACUUUUUAAAUAUUUAAAUGUCAAUAAAAGGAUGACUGUGA